AUGGGCAAAACAAGCAAGGACAAACGGGAUAUUUACUAUCGCCUGGCCAAGGAGGAAGGAUGGCGGGCUCGGAGCGCCUUCAAGUUGAUUCACAUCGACGAGGUGUUCCACAUUUUCGACGGUGUGACGCGUGCGGUCGAUCUGUGUGCUGCGCCCGGCAGCUGGAGUCAGGUACUGUCCAAGCGCCUGUACGAAAGCCGUGAGCCCAAGGAUCGCGAAGAGGUGAAAAUCAUCGCGGUGGAUUUGCAAUCGAUGGGACCGCUGCCGGGCAUCAUUCAGCUGCAGGGUGAUAUUACCAUGCUCAGUACGGCGGAGGCAAUCAUCCAGCACUUUGGCGAGCAGCAGAAGGCCCAGCUGGUGAUCUGUGACGGAGCGCCCGAUGUGACCGGGUUGCACGAUAUUGAUGAGUACAUUCAGUCGCAGCUGCUGCUAGCCGCACUCAACAUUACCACGCACGUGCUCACGAAGGGCGGAACGUUUGUGGCUAAAAUCUUCCGCGGCAAGGACACGACGCUGCUGUACUCGCAGUUGAGAAUAUUUUUUGAGCGCGUCACAAUCGCCAAACCGCCAAGUUCGCGCAAUUCUAGCAUUGAAGCGUUCGUGGUGUGUCAGGACUACAGUCCGCCGGAAGGUUACAUACCGCAGAUGAUCAAUCCGAUGUUGGACGAUGUGCGGCAGAUAGCAUGCCAAACGGAUUCGCCCGUGAACCGUGCGAUCAUACCGUUUCUGGUUUGUGGCGAUUUGCGCCAGUUCGAUUCGGACAUGUCGUACAGUUUGAAUAUUGACCCGGAAAAGGAUUACGAAUAUCGGGAUGUGGUACAGAAACCACUUGCACCGGCAUACAGCGAGGUACUGGAACGGAUGAAAACGACCUCGCUGAAGCAUGGCAGCAUAAAGGUAGAAGCGGACAAAAAGAAGGACUAA